CCCCAAGUUCCUAUUGCCGUAGCUUCCACCGCCUCACCUUUUAUUUUUCUAUUCGCGAUUUUCCGUCGCAAUUUUUUGCCCAACGCCGCGCCACAUCCGCCCGACACCGCCGGUGCCACAGAGCUGCCACUGCUUGCGGUCGCCGUCUCGGACAAGGGGGUCACAGUCAGCUGUUGCAGACCGUCCCCAGAGACCUGGGUCGCGGCUUGAGCGCCGAUCUGCGCCCAGCGCAAACCGACGGACCUCGGGAAGCAGUUCCUGUUGCUACCACGGUCGCGGUCACCACCACCUUAACUCAAGCCGUUGCCUCCAUAGACCUCCAGGAACCACUGCCAGAGAAGAAGAAGGCCAAAGGUGAUUCAUGGCUUAAUUAUAACACUUUAGUCUUCUUCAAGCCUUUGCCAUGGAUGCCAAGGACAUCCUCGGCCUUCCCAAGAACUCAUUCCCUGGUGCUCAGGAGAAGAAAACCCGACCUCAGAAGGAUUCCCAAAGGAAACCCGAUGGCAUCCAUCGGGAGGUUUAUGCUCUUACAGGAGGGAUGGCACCGCUUAUGCCCACGAUAGAGAUCUCCCACUUGAAGAAACGACAAUAUUCAGAGAAAGAGGAAAAGAUUUCUUGGCAAUGGCUUCCUUUUACAUCUUCUGCUCGACCAGAUAACUUGCAACUGUAUCAUUGGGUAAGGGUUGUAAAUGGUGUUCCACCUACAGGUGAUUACUCAUUCGCUAAAUACAACAAGUCUGUGGAUGUUCUCAAAUAUACAGAUGAGGAAUAUGAAAAGCAUUUAACUGAUCCUAUGUGGAGCAAGGAAGAAACAGAUCAGCUAUUUGAUCUUUGCAAACGGUUUGAUCUUCGCUUCAUCAUUAUAGCAGAUAGGUUUUCAUUCCCUCAGACUCGGAGUGUUGAAGAACUUAAGAAUCGCUACUAUUCUGUGACUCGAGCACUGUUGCUUGCUAGGGCACCUUCUUCUACUGAUGUUUCUGGACAUCCAAUUGUUAAGGAACCUUACAAUAUGACACAUGAAGUUGAGCGGAAACGUGCACUGUCUGCAGUGCUUUCUCAAACAAGACAGCAAGAGCAGAAAGAGGCAGAGAUCCUCGCUGAAGCUAAACAAAUAAUGGAGUCACGCAUGGCUAGUAAAGUGAAUAUGACCCUUAGUGCAGAAGUUGAAUUGCCGGAUAACCAAAUAGGUAAUGAAGGUGCAGAGGCUGCUGCUCAUGAUGAAUCCGCAUUGCCAUCGCCUAACAUUCAUCUGUCAUCUUCAGCUGCUACACCACCAAUAGCCACAGUAGAAUGUACCUCAACUCCAGCUUCACUUCGCAUGCUUCGUGUAUAUUUGAGAACACACGCGCUUGACCAGAUGGUGCAAGCUGCAAAUUCAACUGCAGGCUUGAGGACCAUCAAAAGGGUUGAUCAGACACUCCAAGAUCUAGGGGUUCAUCUGAAACCAAAGGUUCCAACUAAAUCAGUAUGUGCAGAACACCUUGAAUUGAGAAAAGAGAUACUAACACUGCUCAAUCUACAAAAACAGCUGCAAAAUAGAGAGGCUGAAGCUACUGCAAACCGAGACAAUACAUAUGCUGAAGCAUCAAGCACUCCUAAGCGUGCUUAUCGUGGGGAUGCUGAACGAACUAUUGUCCCUGAUUCUCUUGGUUUCGGAGGUGAUAGAGUUAGCAAACGUGACCACAAAAGGAAGGUUCCUGGAAGAUUCAUGGAUGCGCCACCAUCACCACCACAAUCUAAACGGCCUAGGAAAUUGAAGUCUUCCGAUGGAUAAUGUGCAAGGAAAAACCAUGUACCAGAAAACAAAGGGUAGGCAUUGUCAUUGGGAAGAUUGCAGAUUAUCCAACAAACCAACGAAACAUUUGAUUGUGUUACCUUGAUCUGUGAUUUUCUGAACUUGGCUUUUGAUUUCACCGUGCCUCUAAGUAGUCUGUGUGACUUAGACAAGGAUGAAGGAUCCAUACUUUUGAACCUUUGUCUUUGCAAGUGUAGUAAGAUUGAUUCUGAAACUCAACUCUGUAUAAUUUGUCAAAUUAACUGUGAUAAAAAUUACUGGAUGGUUUAUGUAAAAGAUGUCUUGUUAUAAA